GAGCUCGAGAUGUUGCAAUCGCGCUAAGUACAGCAUCAUCGAGGCGAGCUGGUGUCACGCAGGAAAGCAUAAUAGGAGUCGCCGACCAAACUGAAAGCCCACAAAUCGGACGGUCAGGUGGAAGGGCCACGUCUGAUGUGAAAGCUCAUUCAUCAAGGGAUCUUAAGUCCUGCUUGAAGGCUUCACAACAGCCUAGGACAUCUGGUGCCAGGACACGUUUCCCUUCGCCCCCCCCACCCCCCACAAUUCCUGCUAACUUUCCGGACAAGUUUGUUUUUCUCCGUCUAAACCGCUCGUUAGAAACAUACAAUUAACUCUUUACACCAUCAUUUUGAUUUUGGUGCGUUCUCGUCGAACAGCUUUGCUUUAUUUGGCAAUCAAGGACUGUGGUACUCGAGAAGAUCGACGUUGUUCCUGCGAGUAUCAGCCUUCAUUCAGCAGGCGUAAGGAACAAAGACAUUAGUGUCAACAAGAAGAAGCGCUGGAUGGUAUUUCCACUUCAAGACUCAUCAUAAUUUAUCUCACCUAGGAAACUACAGACCUCCACGUCCGAACAGAAUUCAGCGUCCCUUUGAUCUCCUUCAACAUUACCGACUCGGAUACUUUGUGGAAUCGUAACUCAAUCCGCUACAGUUCAGGAGCAGACACCUCGUCCAGACUCUCUCGAGGCAAUAAUUCGUCUGGAAGAGUUCUUGUGUUAACUUUUAUACAUGUUAUGAAUUAAUUACUUUCUUUUAGUUUUAAAAGUUUGUUUAUGAAGUUGGGGGAAAAAAUAAAUAUGUACGGAGACAAAUAGCUGAGUUGGCUACAACAACUGGCGCUGGAGUUGAGUUACUAUUGUUCUGUUCUUGAAGAGGAGCGAGUCCUUUGUUCAGCAGCGAGAUGACACCUUGACUUACUUCUGCUAGAUGGUUCUAUUCAUUCAUAACCGUUGCUUCACCUUUUUAAUAGAUGAGUAUGAACCUCUCAGCACCUGCGCUCCCACUGCGACUGAAGAGAGUAGACUGUGAAGACUCCCACAACACCCAUGCACUGAAAUGCAAGCGCCGUAGGCUGAGCCAGCCCCCCUCCCCUGGUCUAGCCCCUUGCCUUCGCCCUCAAACUCACAGCACAGAGCACACAGGCCCAGAGAAGCUCUGUCUCUCUUCCAUUGGGCCCUAUAUUCUACUGGAGGCCGCAGAGGGCACUCAGACAUAUCGAGCUGUCCAUCGCAUUACUGAGCAGGAGCAUUCCUGUAAGGUGUUUUCAAUGAGGAAGUACCAUGAGCUCAUUGCUCCAUACACCCGUCUGCUGCCCCAUGAUAACAUCUGUAAGAUAUCAGAGGUAAUCAUGGGGGAGCAGAAUGUAUACAUCUUCUUUGAGUGCAACUAUGGUGACAUGCACUCAUAUGUGCGCACCUGUAAGAGGCUCCAAGAGGAUGAAGCUGUGCGUCUCUUCAGGCAGAUGGCGUCAGCAGUCAUGCACUGUCAUGAAAACGGCGUUGUACUGAGAGACCUCAAGUUACGCAAGUUUGUCUUUACUGAUGCACAAAGAACAAAGCUGGUUUUGCAGAACCUAGAGGACUCCUGUCUCCUGAAUGGAGAUGACGACUCUCUCACAGACAAACAUGGCUGCCCAGCCUAUGUGGGACCGGAGAUCUUGAACUCACGGCAUUCAUACUCUGGAAAGGCAGCAGACAUUUGGAGCCUGGGAGUGGUGCUCUACACCAUGUUGGUGGGUCGCUACCCCUUUCAAGAUGUGGAGCCUGCUGCCUUGUUCAGUAAAAUCCGCAGGGGUGCCUUCACAAUCCCAGAGACUCUGUCACCCAGAGCCAAGUCUCUUGUGUGCUGCAUGCUCAGAAAGUCACCCAUGGAGAGGUUGGAGGCCGCAGACAUUUUGCUGCACCCAUGGCUCCACUGUAGCACCAAUGCCUUUGUCAGCCAGCACCCUAACUCUAGGCACUCAACUGACCAAGUGGUGCCAGACUUUGAGAAAAGAGAUGAAGGAGAAUGUUACUGAAGCUGGUGAAGCACCAGUAUGAACGUUCAUCUGCUUGUGUCUGCUUGCACUAUCGGGGAUCUCCGACUGUUUUCAGUGGUUGAAUACAGGGGAAGGCUGAGCAGAUUCAAGAUUCCAAGACAAAGUGAUUUCGAUUACUGUUUGUAAGUCAAGCUUCUCACCUUUGUAGUCUGUGCAAAUAGAUCUAAGAACACUGGUUUGAUUGGUUUAUUUAAACGUCUGAGAAAUACCUAUGGUGAUGCCUGCUGUUUAAGAGAAAAUAAAAAGGGCUAAAAAAGGUUGAAAUUCUUAGGAGUAGAUAUUCAAUGCACAGCUGGACCCACCGCUCCUUCAAACAUGCAGUUCAGCAGUGUUGAGAUAUUCAUGUAUAUAUUUCAUACAGUGUACAUUUAAGUUGUUUAAAGACUUUGAAUCACCAGAUACCUCUGACUUGAAUCCUGGAAUACUUGAUGCACAGUAUGUGCCUUUUAGUAUGUACUGUUUACAUAAUUUUCAGUGGGAAACACAGUAAAUAAUUUAAAGUGCCUUUUCACUAUGAAAAUAAGUUUAUAAAUAGUAGUAGUUGUUUUUUUUGGAGUAACUUACCAAAGAUUUAAGUUUCAUCACCAAACCUCAUUUAAUGUGUGAAUAUCUGAUAGGUUAGCUAAAGUACUCACUUUCGCUUUCUUGUAUAUGAAGGGUUAAAAAAUAGUUUGGCAUUUCACAACACUUAGAGACAUGACUGUAGUCUUGUGACCCAAUAUGGUCUUGAUCCACUCAUGACAUGGUAGAACAGGAAGGAUAAAUACAGUGCCAUGUUCAUAUGUAGACUAGGAGCUAUAUAAAUUCAUGCUACACUUCUGUAUAACCAUUUAGUAUAAAGAUUCCCUUAGUGCCAGGUUUUUAAAAAUGUUCUGAGGAACCCCUGAUGUGAUUCUUGUCAUGGUGUCUUGGUUCAUAGGUAAAAACAUGACCUAAGGCUUAAGUACUGUCUGAUAUGUGUAUGUGCUGUGGGUGGACAUAGCUCCUGAGGAAUACAGACUGUUAGUUCACGUACACCACAGCACGUUUGCAUUUAAUAGUAAUGUGGUGUGUGGCAUGUGUGACACAUUUGAGAAAAAGAAAGGCAUCACAGUUGUCAGUAAUGAUGCCUGCAUACCAUGCUUUGACUGUCAUCUGUUUGUCAAACUAUUUUGGGAAUUUGUAAAUAUCUUUUUUUGUAACCAUGGCAACAAAAGGACACUACAUUUUGUUCAGUUGAAGGGGUUGUUGUACUUAUUUUUUAAGUAUUUGUUGCCAGUACAAAUAAACAAAUGCACAAAAGAA